AUGGCGGGAGCUAUUAUUGAAAACAUGAGCACUAAAAAGUUGGUGAUUAUGGGGGUGAUCCUGCUGCUGUUCCAGGCGUUUGCUUUCAUGGUCGGCGGAUUAAUCGCCCCCAGCCCCACCUCCGCCGUGCACUACCUGGCCACCAAGUGUGUGGAUAAGGUGAAGCAGCGGCAGGAGUCCCAGUGGUUCAUGCCCUGGGGCCCAAACCAGUGCGACAAGAUCCGCUCCUUCGACGAGGCCAUGGCCAAACACAUUGAGGCCAACAACAUCGUGUUCUCCGUCCACAUCCCCCUCCCCCACAAAGAGAUGAGCCCCUGGUUCCAGUUCAUGCUGGUCAUCCUGCAGUUCGACAUCGCCUUCAAGCUGCACAACCAGAUCGUGGACGGAGCCCUGGUGACCAUUGACGUGGGGCUGGCCUACAGAGACGACACCGUGAGCGAGUGGACAGAGAUGGCCCACUCCUUUGAGCAGCGGAAACUCAGCUGCAACUUGACCACAGAGAAGAUAGUGGAGAACGAGGGCCGCUACUACGAAUGCGACCUGCUUCCCUUCAUGGAGGUGGGCAGCGUGGCGCAUAAGUACUACCUGGUCAACAUCCGCCUCCCGGUCAACGAGAGGAAGAAGGUCAACGUGGGCAUCGGGGAGAUCAAGGACAUCCGCCUCGUGGGCAUCCAUCAGAACGGAGGCUUCACCAAAGUGUGGUUUGCGAUGAAGACCUUCCUCACCCCCAGCAUCGUCAUCAUCAUGGUGUGGUACUGGAGGAGGAUCACCCUGAUGAGCCGGCCCCCAGUGCUGCUCGAGAAGAUGAUCUUGGCGCUGGGCAUCUCCAUGACCUUCAUCAACAUCCCGGUGGAGUGGUUCUCUGUGGGCUUCGACUGGACCUGGAUGCUGCUGUUCGGGGACAUCCGUCAGGGCGUCUUCUACUCCAUGCUGCUCAGCUUCUGGAUCAUCUUCUGUGGGGAGCACCUCAUGGACCAGAUGGAGAGAAACCGUUUCUCCGUUUACUGGAAGCAGGUCGGGCCCAUCGUCUUCGGAUCCUUCUGCCUUUUUAUUUUUGACAUGUGUGAACGUGGUGUCCAGCUCACAAACCCCUUCUACAGCAUCUGGGCGUCAGAAGUGGGCACUGAACUGGCUAUGGCCUUCAUCAUCGUGGCGGGGAUCUGUGCCUGUCUGUACUUCCUCUUCCUCUGCUUCAUGGUUUUCCAGGUGUUCCGGAACAUCAGUGGGAAGAGGAGUUCUCUGCCGGCCAUGUCCAAGGCUCGCCGGCUCCACUACGAGGGUCUGAUCUUCAGGUUUAAGUUCCUGAUGCUGGUCACGCUGACGUGUGCCGCCAUGACUGUCAUCUUCUUCAUCAUCAGCCAGGUGAACGAGGGCCACUGGCACUGGGGCGAGCACACGGUCCAGGUGAACAGCGCCUUCUUCACCGGGAUCUACGGCAUGUGGAACCUUUACGUCUUUGGCAUCAUGUUCCUGUACGCACCGUCGCACAAGCGCUACGGGGACGAGCAGACCAGCGGACAGUGCAUCACAGGAGACACUGGGGCCGGCAGUGGAGAGGACAUCCAGCUGACCACCACCAUCACCCAAGGGGACGGCCCCACAGAGAUCUACAAGAUGACGGGGAAAGGGAACCAGGAGUAG